AUGGAUUCAAAGCGAAGUCGCAAGCAGCGAUCCGACAUCAAUGGAACUCAAGUUGACGCUCUUCUCUAUUCUGAACGCGGUCUCAAGAUACUAGCCCACCUGGAGCGCAGUGUCUUGGACGGUCUUCCAGAAGAGUCCUUCAAAUCAGAUGUUAUUUCCUACUACCGAGACGAGCUCAGCACCGCAGUUUCCGUGGGCGAAAUCGAGAGUAAGCUCCCGCUUUUCUGGUCAAAGUGGUGCCCCAUUGGGAAAAACCCGACCCGUUGGAAAGAAAUCUACCGUCUCGGACUCAAAGGGCUGCCUCGUCUUGAACAUGACAAGGCAGAAUGGGUGAGGAAGAAAGCAAUCGAGUUGCAAAGCAAGUACAGAGCUCUACGCCGCCUAAGGAGUGCUUCGGCAUUGCCUCCGACUUCUCGAAGCACACCUAAAAGACCAUCAGACUGUCUAGUUGGAGAUUUGGCGAGCGGUCGAGCUCAAGGACGUCGGCAAUAUGAUGGACCUCUCAAACAAAAGAGAAAAAGGAAGAGGACGGCAUCAAUGUACGCUCGCAGUACGCCCCUUAAAAGGUCGGCGUCUCCAUUUCCUCCAGCAACGAGAUGGCCUAGCGUCGCACCCGAAUUUCGGCGCUGCCAGGAGGGCACUUCAGGUGUUGAAGUUUCGUUUCAAACGCCCAUUAAUCCAGUCGCUGGGAAACCGUCACCAACAAUUAGUCUUCGAGAAUACUCUCAGCAGCUCCCCGAGAAUGUCGCUGAGAUGGAAAAUGGACUGGUUGUAUCUAACCAACCAUCUCCAUCCGGAACACACCUUACGGAUGCUGAACGACGACAUUUCUUGGAGACGAUGGCGGAAUUGGACGACUUCAGAAAUCAGAACACUCAGCUGAGCUUGGCACUGGACACUGCAAGAAGUGAAAAAGCUCAAUUGAUGUUGGAGUUGGACGAGUUGAGAAUUCAAGCCACCGAUGAUACACGGUAUUGGAAGAAGCUGUAUCGCAAAACCCGGAAACGGCGGGAUUCCCUCAAACGUCGCAACAAGCAUAUGCAAGUUGAACUUGUCAAAUCUACCACAGGUGAGACGAGCAAAACCAACUUGACACUCCGCCGCGAGAACGACCUCCUCCGGGAAAAACUGGAUAGCUACCAGGUCACUUUCCAGUUCCAGAAACCCUUUAGCGAGAAUUUCCGAGCACAGAAUGUAGAAAAAGUCAUCGAUCACGUCGAAUCGGCCCGGUCAAAGCUCUUCAAGAUCUUACAAGGACAAGAUGUCUUGUUUGCUAUUGAGAAGCUGGAUGGCGUAAGCGGUUUGGCCCUUGCGGCGCUCUUUAAAAGGGCGCUGGGCCCUGACGCUACUACCCUCGAUACCUCUACCGGAGGCUUGACUCUCACCGACCAGCUCUGCACGGCCACAUUACAGGCGGUUGUCCUAAGCCUAGUUUCUGCAGCCAUCUGCAUAUGGGUGUUUGAAGCCGAGGUGGGGGCGCUGUUCCAGGAGAAUGAUCUUUUCUUCUCGAAGCUCCAAGACCUCCUGGCUACACAAGACAGGAAACUGGCAGACAGCUUUCUAUACGCUGCCCUCGAAAAGUGCAUCGACGACCCUUCUGUAGGCGACUUGACGAUUCCGAGGCGAGCGCGGCACCUCUCCCAACGGACACUAGACGCCAUCAGGCCUCUGCUGGAUGCUCACAGACACCUGGACGACCAAUAUGUCGAGGUCGCAGACAGAUGGGGUGAAUAUGAACAGCAGAUGACUGAGAUCUUCAAACAGGCGCUGUACGCAAAAUCAAGGCUCAUCUUGACCACUGAUCUGUAUAAGUGCGUCCUUCAUUUACCUGGGACAUCUUGUGACAGAGUCAGUAUGGAGAAGAGAGGUGGCGCAGAAACCGAGCCCGAUGCAGUGAUAGGCAUCACAAUCUUUCCAGGUCUGCUUCGGUAUGCUUCUGAGGAAGGAUUUAAUUUCAACCGGUUUUUGACGGGGAACAAAACGCCUAGGAAUGUCGCAGCCAACGUGCUGAGGAAAGCGGUAGUUUGCACGAGGUAG